AUGGUGAAGCUGACGGGGAUCGGCGCCAGUCGCGAAAUUUCGAAGGCGAUGUUAUGGCUACAGCUAGUCCAUUCUCGUAGAGGCUCCCAAGUGUGUGCUUGCGACUUGUAGCGCAUAUGCUUGCCGGGGUUCUGCGUCGGUGGAUUAGGGGUAGGGGCGCUAAUGAUGAAAAUGAAUGCUCGCGAGGAGGAGCGCUGGAACAAGCUGCUGGACAAAAUCAGCGAGGGCCGCGGGACCAAAGCAGACUUGAAGCGCUUACAGUUAAGGCAUAAGCUACCCCACUCCUGCGGGAUGCGUCUCGCGUCAAUUGCCGGUGUCCGCGAAAUUUUCCCAGUGGGUGGGUAGCUUAUGCGCCUAAGGCAAGCAAUUCAGGAACGGGGCAAAGAGUGCCAGAGGGAGAAAGAAAAAUGCGAAGAGCAGAAGAAGAAACUCGCGCGCACGAUUUCCGGGCUUCGCUGUUCGGGGUUCUCUGCAGUGUGCAAACCCCAAAAAAAGCGCAAACGGAACCCCACAGAGGAGGAGUCGGAUUUGGAGUCUUUUUUCUCUGAAUCUUGUCCCGAGUAUGAGUUAGAGGGCGUGGAUCCAUUCCUGGAGACGAUCGAAGAGGAGCACGCGGGGCAGGUGGAUGAGAGUGCCCCCGGAUGUUCGGCCGCCGCGUCGUCGUCGAAGUCCAUGGGAAUCGUGCCGGGAUUGGUUCCGCAU